GCGUCUGAGAGGAUGGCACAAGCUUUCAGAGGGGUACCGCAACAGCUUUACCCUCGCCAAUAUCUUUCAGAUGAAGUGGCAAUGGUCCCGCCUAUGCGCCAUCUUCCUCAAGUUCUUCUACCCAGACUUGGUAGAACUCCACCGAAUCUAUUCUACGGCUUUCCUUUGUCUCUGGAAAAGGUAAUUUCAUUGGCUAGGUCAUGCGACCCAGAUAUUCGAAUCAUCACCCAGCUCGGUGUCGUCAGCCACAAGGUCAAACUAUCGGCUGCGAAAUGCUUGUCUGAGACGAUCGGCUGGCCGGUAUACGUGGAGAGUGUGCUGAACGCACCCGGAACUCCUUUUCUUUUGUGUAUGCUCGACAAUUUAUCCAUCAAGUCUUGCAAGAAUCUCGAGCUGCCUACAGAUGACCAUACUCGUUUGUCACAUCUUCACCUUCACGGCAUUAGGAGCUAA